CUCCUUUCGUGUUCUUGGGAGGUGCUUAAUAGCUACUAAGUCUCAUAUAUUUCCUCCACCACUUUUCCGACCAUGUACUCCCCAGAUGGAGUCCCAGGGCAUUCAGAGCAGUGGGUGCAAAGUCCUUGUCUGUUGUGUAUCCAGAUAUCUGUACUGAGCACUUCCCCAGGUAAAGGUAUGUCCAGCGUCAUCGAUGCUGUCAUGUGUAUAUUCCUUCAAUUGCGACAACAACAACCUUGCCCUUGCCACUGG